AUGGCUGAGGAACAAGGUGCAGCUGGUCAAGCAGGUGUAACUGCAGAAGUUCUCCAGACGUCUGUGAAGAAGUACUAUGAGUUGAAACUGUCUCACUUCAAGUUCAAGCCUAUGAUCUGGAAUGACAACUUAACACUCGAUGUCGGUGAUAUAUACACCCGGUUAGUGUUGGUAGCAACAAGUGCAAAACAGCUCAAACUAUGUGAAAAAUAUAACAGGUCAGAAUCAGUGAGGGCAGAACAAAGGAAAGAACUGAAGUCAUUAGACGACUUGUUCAAACCAGAUGUCACAGGACUGUCCACAGCACCAAGUUGCAUUCUGAUUGAGGGUGAAGCCGGAGGGGGGAAGACAACGUUUCUGUCUAAACUAGCCCUAGAUGCCAUCUCACAGAAAACAGAGCUGGGCAAGCAGCACAACGUUGUUCUGUUUAUCCGACUCCGAGAAGUCAGAGUGGGAGAGACCAUAGAGGAGAUGGUGUGGGACCAAUGUGUUGAUGAUACAGCUGAAGGUAUUGAUGUACAUUCCAUCAGAGCAAUCCUACAGAGGAACGAGUCUCGUGUGCUCUUCCUCCUAGAUGGGUAUGAUGAGCUGCAACCUGAGGCCAGGGCACCCAAGCAAGCUAUUCCUGAACUUUUGGAUGGGGUAAUGCAUCCAAAGAGCACAAUCGUGAUCACCUCCCGACCCUCAGCAGGAGUGCAGCAGUACACCCGGCCAGACUGUCACAUAAACAUCUUGGGCUUUUCCCCUGAAUAUAUGGUGAAAUAUGUGAGGAAAUAUUUCAUGAAAAAUUCUGAGCUGGCAGAGGACUUCAUCAGGCAAUAUUUCAUAGUCAAGCCAGAACAUAGCCAUUUGGCAAUUGAUGAUUUAAUAUUUCUUAAAAAUCAGGAUAUCUUAAGUAACCUUAUUCAGACCCCAGUUUUCCUUAUGUUUGUCUGUGUGUUGUGGGAGGAGGACCAAGAGAUGGUGUCUACUGGAACAAUGACGGGGCUGUACGACAACCUGCUGACAUGUCUGGUUACAAAGCACUGUAGGCGGGAAGAAGUGGAUAUGCCAACAGAAGGGUUGCCUACAGAGGUUGCUGAGUCAUUACUGCAGCUCGGCAAGCUUGCGCUAGAGGCACUGCUGAGGAAUGAGACCCUGAUUGACCUUACAGAAGCAAAGAGAGAGAAGGUUGAUUGGGAGUUGCUGUUUAAGCUUGGUGUGGUCUCCUUAGAGGUGUCUUCUUCUAAAUUGCAUCCUAGGAAACAGCUGAACUUUUCACACAAGACCAUGCAAGAGUUCCUGGCUGGACGAUAUGUCGCUCGUGCUCUGGUGAACCAAAACAUUGUAGAGCUGCUGCAGCUCACCUCCAUUGCCAAGGCGCUUGAACUCGGCAACUUGCUCCAAUUCACGUGUGGCUGUGACUCACGGGCAACACAAGCUGUGAUGGAGGAACUGAGCAAUCUCAGUAAGAAAGAGUUUUCAAAUCUUCGACCAGAUGACUUUCAGACGUCCCACCUACCUGUAAAGCCAGAUAUGGAAAAAUCAGUUCAAACUUACAGUAGGUUUAUGUUGCUCUGCCUGAAUAUUCUGAGUGGAAGAAAAGAGCCGGACAUGCUGCAGGCUGUCAGCAGAGCACUACCAGUUAUCAUCAUGGACCUGGAUAGACUCUGCAAAAAGCACAGCACUCUUAAGUAUUACUUGGAAAACACCCAGUCAUCACAGUUCCCGGAAGGAAUGGUACUAGAACUGUUUUAUGUUAGUAGUUCAAAAGCUCUUCAGUACCUGGAAGAAACGUUCACUUCUACCAUUCCUGGCCUGCGGUUAGACCUAAGAAUGUGCCACCAUUGCAAUGUAACAUUUGACUCACCUGAUGAGACAGCCAGGCUGGUUUCCGUUCUGAAGAAUGUUCCCGGUCUGAGGGUGCUGCAACUGGUCGACACAGCACUAACACCAUCAUCACUCCAGCCACUUGUGCUGGGGUUCAGCCACAUGUCUCUGUUGGAGGAGCUGGAUCUUAGCUGGAACCCUGACCUUGGUAACGCUGGGAUGGAAGUCCUGAAGGUCGGGCUGUCCAGUGUUCCACACCUGGCUGUACUCCGUCUCGGAGAGGUUGAAAUGACUGCUGUUGGCAUGUCGUCCCUGGCUCCCUAUAUGCGCCAUCUUGUGGCACUGAGAGAACUGGAUAUAAGUUAUAAUGAGAUUGGUGACACUGGGAUCAAAUCUCUCACCACUGUCCUCUUAAUCCUCACAGCCAUGCAGGUGUUGGGCUUGAAGCGGAUCGGUAUUGGCCCUAAAUGCAUGUGCACACUAGUCCCUGUACUGUGUCAGCUAACCAGACUGAUCAAACUGGACAUUAGUGAUAAUGCCAUAGGAGACCCUGGGCUGGAAUGCUUGGCCACUAUCCUUCCCCACUUCACAGCCAUGAAGGCAUUGGUUCUCAGAGAGACAGGUAUCGGCGACAGGGGAAUAUCAUCCCUGAUCAAAGCUCUACCUCACCUGGUGCAAUUACAGGUGUUGGAUGUGGGCUUCAAUAACACAGGAGACUCAGGGAUUGUUUCACUGGUGCAAACACUCUGCCAACCCAGCAAGUUGGACAUGGUGCAAAACCCACCUGGUGACAAGAGUCUGACCACAUCCCCUCACUGUAACACCACACUACAAGAGCUGUACAUCGGUUACAAUAGUGAAGUAUCAGGAGCUGGACUGGGGAAGGUCGCACAGCUCAUCAGCGCACUGCCUGCACUGACUAGGCUGGACAUGUCUGGUUACGAGGACCUGUUUGGUAACUCAUCACCAGUACACCUGUCUGACACCGCUGCCAUGGCUCUGGCCGAGGCUCUACCCAGACUCCCUGCCCUGGACUUGCUGGUCCUUGAGAACAUCUCCAUGGAGCCUGCAGGGUUCCAGGCUGUGGUGCAGGCUGCUGAGGAACAUCCUACACUGGGGAGUCUGCGCUUUUCCAGGCGCAGAGUUCCUGAUGGAGCGAACACCACAGCCAGAUGUCUGGAACUGUCCAUAUUCUGAGUAGAAAUCUGUUUGUUGGAGUAUCCCACUCCCACUGACUUUUUAAAAUCCGUGAAUUAAACAAUGCCUCCUGCCUCUGUAAGUUUGACAGUAAAAAUGUUCUGGAAAUAAAUCUAUACUAUACUAUA